UAUUUUUCAAAAUUAAAUAAUAAUAAUGAGACAGGCCCUAUUUCUUUCAUGUUUUUUGCCGUUGUUGUUCAUUGGUACUUGUCACAGAGAGGAAAUGGGAUUAAGUCCCUUGCCCUUCAAAAGUGGGUCAUGGUACUUCCCUAUUAUAGCACAGUGUUCCUUGGCAUUAUCAAUGUGGUCCCUCCUUGCCCUUCAACAGUGUGUCAUGGUACUUCCCUAUUAUAGCACAGUGUUCCUUGGCAUUAUCAAUGUGGUCCCUCCAAUCAUAGCACAAUGUCUUUUUAUCUUGUUUUGCACCACUUCCUUCACACAUAAACUUCUUUGACUUUUUCUUCCGAUGUGUCGUAUUGUAGGCCCCUUGAUGGGAACUUGCUUAUAUUAUCGACCUCUCUCUCCGUAUUUUCCACAGACACAAGCCUAUAUUUAUGGGUUCUUUUUCUUGUAAUGGAAUUUUUAUGUUUGGAGAGAUUUUCCCUCUUUCCAAACAUGCUCUAGAAAGUUUGCAGAUCCUCCGCCAUUGCUAUGCAAGCCAUUCAGGGUUGGUGGGGUCCUUGAUUAAUUUUUGGUUGAGCACCAUCAUUGCUGUUUUCUUUUUUGAGGCAUUGUUGAGAUUUCUAAUAUAACCCCCAUUUCAAGCCUCUGAUCGGAAAUUCUAACCAACUUAUACACUAUGAUUGCAUUUUUUUAACAAACCCUAGCAAGAUGAUUGAAAAUUUUGAGAUCUUGUUAUUUAUAGAAAAGGUUUUUUUUUUUAAUUAUAAAAUGAAUAUUUUACUUGAAAAGAAAGAAAAAAAAAUCAUAAAAGUUAAUAAAUAAGGCACUAAUCGGAUGGGCCAAGGUUUGGUUCAUUAUGAUUCACAGUUGGACAUUGGUUCAUGGCCCAUUAUGUCAGGCCCAUAAGUUUGAUGUAGGUCCCAAAUCGUGCGGCAUUCUGAGUAGUUGGGCCGCCCUGGCUCAUCACUGGGUAUGUUUUCUUGUGGAUGGUAUAUAUAUAUAUGUGUGGGAUGUGUUUGAGCUUGAACAUUCAAAUCAACUACCUCUCUUCGCUUUAGGAUUGAAAAUUAGCUUAGGUCUCUGCAAUGGAACUAACCCUCAAAUCCCUCUCACCCUUGGCCUAUGGUGCCCUCAAUUGUCGUAAAAAUUUUGCCAUGGCAUCCCCAAGAAUGAGAAUCAAGCAAGGGAGAUCAGAAUUGCCCAACCUCACAAUCACUUCGAAGAUUGAUGAGUUGCAAGUGACCGAAAGGCGAUCGGCUAAUUACCAUCCUAGCAUUUGGGACCCCAAAUUUAUUGAGUCCUUAAGCACUCCCUAUACGAAUGAGGGCUAUUCCAACCGAUUAGAUGACUUGAAGGAAGAAGCUAAAAGGGUAAUUAAGGACGCUAGAGACACUUCCUCCCGAUUAGAGCUCAUUGAUUCGAUGCAACGGUUGGGAGUGGCUUACCAUUUGGAGGAGGAGAUCAAAGAGGCUAUUGAUCUUGUUCAUUUGGAUGAUACCACUACCGAUGAUCUUUCCACAACUGCACUCCGAUUUAGACUUCUACGACAACACGGCUAUCCAGUUAGCUCAGAGGUGUUUGAUCAAUUCAGAAGUAAAGAUGGGAGAUUCAUGGAUGGCAUCAGCCAGGAUAUUGCUGGGCUUUUGAGUUUGUAUGAAGCUUCCCAUCUUGGAGUAGAGGGAGAAGAUGACUUGGAAGAAGCCAGGAGGUUCAGUACUAUACAUUUGAAGUCACUGGUUGGGAAGUUGGAGAGUGAUUUAGCUGACCAAGUGCAGCAGUCCCUGGAAGUUCCCUUACACUGGAGAAUGCCAAGGCUAGAAGCCCGAAACUUCAUCGAUAUCUACCAAAGGCGCAAUACGAAGAACUCAGCUCUCCUUGAGCUGGCCAAGCUGGACUACAAUCUAGUGCAAUCAUCAUAUCAGACGGAGUUGAAGGAGCUAACAAGGUGGUGGACGGACUUGGGAUUUAAGGAGAAGCUAAGUUUUUCUCGGGAUCGAUUGAUGGAGAACUAUUUGUGGUCAAUGGGGAUCGCUCCUGAGCCCCACUUCUCCAAAUGCAGGAUAGGACUCACCAAAUUCAUAUGCAUAUUAACAGCCAUAGAUGACAUGUAUGACAUAUAUGGAUCACCGGAUGAGCUUCGACGUUUUACAGAUGCUGUGAAUCGAUGGGAUACUGAGGCACUGGUGGACCUUCCAGAUUACAUGAAGAUAUGUUACUUGGCAAUGUUCAACUUUGCUAAUGAAAUGGCCUAUGAUGGAUUAAGAGAUCACGACCUAUAUAUUUUACCCUAUCUUAAAAGUCAGUGGCUAAAUCUCUGUACAUCCUACUCAAUGGAAGCUCAAUGGUUUUACAAUGGGUAUAAGCCAAGCAUCGAUGAAUACUUAAGCAAUGCCUGGACUUCCGUAGGGGGUCCUGCAGCCAUGGUCCAUGCCUAUUUUCUAAUGGGUUGUGCCACCAAGGGAAACUUGAACAAUUGUUUAGACAAUGCCUCUAAUCUACUUUAUUGGUCAUCUCUUAUUACUCGACUUAGCGAUGAUUUGGGAACUUCUUCGGCCGAGAUUGCGAGAGGCGAUGUGGCAAAAUCUAUCCAAUGUUACAUGAUUGAAGAAUAUAUAUCCGAAGAACAAGCUCGAGAUCAAGUAGAGAAGCUUAUACGUUACUCAUGGAAAAAGUUGAAUGAAGCAAGUACUGAUAGCUCUCUCCCAAAGUCCUUAAUAAAUUCAUCAUUGAACAUGGCGCGAUCAGCUCAAUGUAUUUUUCAGUUUGGAGAUGGUAUCGGUACAUCAGUUGGGGUGACCAAAGAUCGAUUGACAUCAUUCAUCAUUAAGCCAAUAUUGAUGGAACCGAGCACUAAACCCUAUCUUGAUGGCAUGAAGAUGAGCAACAGAAGAUGAUUCAUUGUAAUCGGAAGGGAUUGCAAAAUCUAUUGUCAAUUAAUUUUACCUUUACACGAGGUUAUGAAGUAUGGAUUUAUAAAUUCAAGAAGGGUCAUGAAGUAUAUGAAAGAAACAAUUUAUGUAAAUUUAUGUUGGAAUUUUUUA